AUGCCUCGAUCUUCCCGCACAGGAAGACUCGAAUUUGAUCCUGAAAUCGAGAAAACCGCAAGGAGGUUGACGAAGGAGGCGAAGUUGCAAAAGCAACAAGCUUCAGCCGCACAACCAUCUGGACUUGAGCAAAAUCUGGACUUAAGUGAUUCGUCAGUUGACCUGGAAGCAAAUUUGCCUGGACCCAACGAGAUAAUGGCUGCCCAAAGGACCUUGAGGGAGCUUGCAACUCUGAAUGUUAACCAACAGCCUCUGUGCAUUACGUAUCCUAACAUUGAGGAGGCUUUUGAACUAAAAUUUGGUUUAAUUCACUUAUUACCUACUUUUUGUAGUAUUGCAGGUGAGGGUCCACACAAGCACUUGAAGGAAUUCCAUGUAGUGUGUUUAACUAUGAGACCUCAGGGAGUUACUGAGGAACAAAUCAAGUUGCAUGCGUGUCCGUUUUCCUUAGCAGACAAGGCUAAGGACUGGUUGUUCUACUUGCCAUUGGGAUCCAUCACUACGUGGGAAGGAUUAAAACGGCAAUUCCUUGAGAAAUUCUUCCCCGCUUCUAGGGCCGCCAACAUUAGGAAGGAAAUAUGUGGAGUUAGGCAGGCAAAUGGAGAAACGCUCUACGAAUACUGGGAGCGGUUCAAACAACUGUGUGCCAGUUGCUCGCACCAUCAAAUUCCUGACCAACUGUUGAUCCAAUAUUUUUACAAGGGAUUACUACCCAUGGAUAGGAGCAUGGUCGAUGUAGCCAGUGGCGGAGCUUUAGUUAAUAAGACAACAGAUGAAACUAAACCGUUGAUCUCGAACAUAGCUGAGAAUUCUCAACAGUUUGGAGUCAGAUCUGAGGGCGUGACUAGGAGGGUCAAUGAGGUGAAUCAUUCUGACUUGGCAAAUAAAUUAACUGAACUAACGGCUCUGGUUCGUCAGAUGGCAAUAGGGCAAGUACAGGCAAUUAAAGCAUAUGGGAUCUGUGCUGCUUUCGAAGAUGUGACCGACAUGUGCCCGACCUUUCAAGAAGGCCCAUACGAGCAAGCUAGCGCCAUAGGAGACGUGUCUGGAUCUCUCCAAAGGAGAAAUGACCCCUAUGCGCCCACAUACAAUCCAGAGUGGCGGAACCAGCCCAACUUUCGCUAUGCUCAGAAACCUUCGGGUUUCCAACAGAGACCACCAGUACAGCAAUCGUCUAUAUCGAAUGCAGGUAUGUCCCUAGAAGACAUGGUUAAAUCACUAGCUGACAGCACUUGUCAAAUGCGACAGGACCAACAGAGAUUUCAACAGGACUCGCAGAGAUUUCAACAAGAGACUCGCAUAAACAUUAGGACUUUGGAGGCGCAAAUGUCAUAA